CGAUCCCGACCCCGACAGCCGUCAAUAUUGUUGCCGUGGCUAAUCCCAAUUUAAAUCACCUCAGCUCAGGCAAGGGCCUGCACUAUUUCAACGCCCACCAUGGCCCGCGUACCCGUCAUCGGGAGACUUUCUCCCCAUGAGUACAUAGCCCUCGUCGCCAGCGUAUCCAUUCUUGCUUUCGAAACCCUCCUUCGAGUCAUCAUCGUCUUCCUUCCAAAGUCUGUCAUUGACUGGUGUUAUGGUCGUUCACGCAUCCUUUUCCACCGUUUCUCGACGCAUGCUUUUCCCAAAUCCACAGAAGACAGGCUACCGAAUGACAUCCGCGAAGCUAAAGACUUCGGCGAACUGUGCGCUUUGUGGGGAUACACGUACGAGGAACACGUCGUCAUGACCAAGGAUGGGUAUUUACUUGGAGUGCACCGUAUUCCUGAGAUCAAAGGACGUGUGAGGACAAGGCCAGGGACAAGCACCGGGAAAGCAGUCGUGUAUCUACACCAUGGACUCCUGAUGAACAGUGAAGUCUGGGUUUGCCUUACUCAUGAGCAACGGUGUCUCCCAUUCGUCCUCGCCGAGCAAGGUUUCGAUGUCUGGAUGGGAAACAACAGGGGCAAUAAAUACUCCAAAAAGUCUAUCCACCACAGCCCCAAUUCACACAAGUUCUGGGAUUACAGUCUCGAUAAUUUUGCAUGGCACGACAUCCCCGACACCAUCGAGUACAUCCUCAGCAUCACCAAAGCUGGGAGUCUGAGCUACAUCGGGUUUAGCCAGGGCACAGCGCAGGCGUUCGCCGCUCUUAGCAUUCACCCACAACUGAACCAGAAGGUAAACGUGUUCAUUGCGCUGGCACCCGCCAUGAGCCCGGCAGGCUUGUCGCAGCCCAUAGUGGAUGCUUUGAUGAAGGCUUCUCCGACUUCUAUGUUUCUCUUCUUUGGUCGUAAAGCUAUCCUUUCUUCUGUGACGACCUGGCAGUCCAUUUUAUACCCGCCGAUCUUUACCUAUGUCAUCGACACUGCGCUCGCCUUCCUGUUCGACUGGCGAUCCCAUAACAUUGCUUAUUCCCAAAAGCUUGCUGCGUACGCGCACCUGUAUUCUUACGCGUCUGUAAAGUCGGUCGUGCACUGGUUCCAGAUUAUGCGAGAGGCCACCUUCCAGAUGUAUGACGAUGACAUCGGAUCGGCGUGGGGUGUCCUGCAUAUGCAUGCGUACACCCAAUCCCGUCCUAGCUCCGUGAACAAGUCGAGGUGUAAGGAUGACCCAAAUUCCAAUUACCCUCAGCCUACAAGUUUGUCGCUCACCACUGGCCCCUCCAAUUCUCCCACUUCGACCUUGUCCCCUAUUGACUCCCCGAAGGUGAUCUCAUCCGCGCACUCUCCGCCCACCGGAGGUGGACCUGCAUACCACCACCCACCCUCUCAUGCACGCGCGAGGUCGUACCGUCCUGUUCGCUUCCCAACGCGUAACAUCACAACACCUAUUGUCCUCAUAUACGGUACUGCCGAUUCGCUUGUUGACAUUGACACAAUGCUUAGGGAGCUCCCCAACCACUCGACAACUGCGAUCUCCCUCGAUGGGUAUGAGCACCUGGACGUCAUUUGGGGCCAGAACAUUCACGUGGACGUUUUCCCGGAGGUGCUGAACGCAUUGCGCACGUGGUGUGAAGGUGGUGGUAGUGGUUCCGGUAUUCGACGAUACGACAGCAAGCAAGGGAUGGAUGGUGGACUCUCGAGGGUCUUUCAGGAAGCUGAAAAGGCGAGCAUUCGAGCAGAUGAAAGGUGAAAAUCGAGGUAUACGGACAUCGGCUUCCUCGUACAUAUCGUGAUUCCCUACGGUAGGACAGGGAUAUAAUCUAUGUAGUCUGUACGAUGUGCCUCUACUACACGAUUGAAGUGCGGGAAUUAUUGGGGGAGGGUAUCCUGAUCCGAUCCUUUUUUCGAUUUUCUCUUGGUCUUGUCGCUACUGGUGACCUUCACUUUCGCCUCCUUUCGUUUCUUUUCGGUGCUCUUAUUAAUCACACUGGUAUCAGCCAAAUUCUUCGUCUCUCCGUCUUCGUGUCGGCUGUCCUUCUCGAUUUCGACGUCUCCUGUGUUUUUAUCCUUCUUCCGUUUCUUGUUUUUGUGGUUCUCUUGAUCGCCUCCACUUCGUGAUCGCGAGUUCAAAUAUCCUGUAGCCAGCGUUUCCUGAGCAAUCGGUGUAUUCUCCAGCGACGGAGGUGAAGGG